AUGGACGAGCCCGACGGCACAGAUCCCAACCGAAGCUUCACUUCCCAGGUGAAGACUUCCAUGAAGAAAAUAAUAAAAUCAGCGUGGGCGUCAAGCUGGAGAUUCAAUGCUUAUGCCAAUGAUGUCCCUGAAGUCAACUCACUGUCUACUCACCUCGCAACCACUGGGCAACCUGGCAAUGCUGAGCCAGGCACUGGCGAACUCCAGCCAUUUGCAUCAGAUGACAACCCCUCAACCACUGAGCAACACAAUACGGAGUCAGGCAAAGCAGAAUCAAAUGUGAACCAAACGGUUAAGACUCAUCUUCGACUGCCUCUGGAGUUGAGAGAGAUUGUGUAUUGUUGCGCGAUCCGUCAAGAAUGCGUUGGAUUGAACCAAGCUAGAACAACUCUCGACAAGGACCAUUCGGCCAAGGCAUGUGAAAUGGAAACAUUUCAAUUCAACUCGAGCAGCACUUUGAGGGUAUUUGCAGAGCUUUCCCACACGCACUUUGAGAACUACAGUGGCUUUAUGCCCCGAGUCGAUGCGAAGAUUCUUGUGUUCGAGAGCGCUUCUUUUCCCGGAGCACCAGUUCUCAACGGAUGGGACAGGACAGAUCAGGCACAUGGAGACUACACAAACGCGCAGGAUCACGUUGAAGACUGGGUGGACGCCGUGCUCAACGUUUCAACUAACAUGGGAAUCGAUCUCCACUUCUGCCGUCCCUGGAGAAACUUUGGUUACCUCUCAGGUGUUACGGCUCCCCUACGAGACGCUGGGUAUGAUCUGUCGGUCACUUGGGACGAGAUCAACUGCCUUCAAGUGCCAGACCAAUUCAGCAGCUUUCUUAUGGCAAUGACAGCCAGGUCCAUUACCAGGGAACAACUAGACGACACGAAUCUCCAAUUUCAGUCCAAUUUGUCCGAAGACACUGCUUGGACUCUUGUCCAUUACGGCGCUGGGGCCACUUUAUCACAAGCUUUUGAUCCGACGGGCAAGGGAGAGAUCUCAUGGGAGCAGCGCAAAAUACCAGCGAUGAAAUGAAAAGCGCAAAAUUGCAAUGUUCUCAGGGGAGCAAGAAAGCCAGGGUGCCAAAAUCAACUGGUUUAAAGGUCUACUAAGAUAUACUAA